AUGCUAACCUCAGACAACAUGAUGUCUUAUGCUACGUUUUGUGGUAAUGUCCUUGACGAUAUGCUGGAACAGAUCAUACACAACGUCAUUUCACGUUCUUUACUGGAUGAAAAACUCACCCGUAAAGAUUAUGGCACAAUUAGGGCUCCUAUUUUCCACGAUCCGCCAUCCUUUGGCCAGACCGACGCUGGCAACGAAAAUAGCGAGAUCAAUCCCAUAAAUAUUGAUGAUGAUACUACCGAUGGCAAAGAAGAUGCUGCUGAUGAGAACGGCAAUAUUGAUAAUAUAAAACAUCACAAGCACACUAAACUCAAUAAACUGAAUAAAGUCAAUAAAAACUAUAAAAAGAAAGACACCUCACGAUAUACGGAGCCUGAUAUUGGAAGAUUCCAAUUUGUCAUAAAUGGAAAAGAUAUUUACGUCAAUGCAUUAGAUGCCAAUCGAAAACUACUUGGCGACAAGGCUUCGUUAUUAACUCUUGGUACUGCACAAGAUCUGUAUUUUAAGUGUUCAAAUUGUGAUAGAAAGAUUGCUGGAAGCCGGUUCAGUGCACACAUUGAUAAAUGUCUGGGUGGAAGAUCAAGAAAGUAG